AUGCCGUCUAUGAAAGUGGAGGGUGACAGUGAUGGCGAUGGUGACUUAUCUGGAGGUGAAACAGAAAGGUCUGGAGGCUCUUCCAGAGGGCCAGACCGUGACUCUAGCGCUGAAGAAGCUGAUGAACCUGAUUCAGAUGAUUCCUCGGAGAUGGACGAAAGCGAAUGCGAGCGGCGGAGGAACGAAUGUCUUGAUAACUUAGCAAACCUAGAACAUCAAUUUACAGUCUUACGUGAGCAACUGUAUAAUGAAAGAGUCAAAGACGUGGAAUACCAGCUAGCCGAGGUGCGUGGAGGUCGUUCACCGGAAUACCUUGGUCCCCUCCGGAGACUUCAAGAAAAUAUGAGAAUAAGAAUCGAAGUUGCCGGAAUUUUAAAGCAAAUGCGAAUAGACAAUAUUAAGCACAAAUUCGAGGCAGAAGAACAGGCUGCACAUCAACAUUUCAAGAUAACAGCCGGAGCGGAUGGCUUUUUCCUUAUCAGCUCCGCGAUUACUGAUAACGAUACAGAAAUAGAAUUCGACUUGACGCCUUAA